AACCACUAUACCACCGCGGCGGGGCUUAUAGUUACCUUUAAGAAGCGAAACGAAUGCGAAUUUAAAUUCCUAGUUUUGUAUGCGUUAUUUCAGUAUUUUUUUAAUUGCUUUUCUUACUGGCACUUUAAUUUAUAUUCCGAAAAAGAUUGAAGUGUCUCAUCUGAAUCAGUGAAGCACAGUUAUUGAACUGUAUAUGUUGUGAGUACGUUGUUAUUCUCUUCAUAUCAAAUUCAGUAACCGAUAAAUUUAACAAAUUCAUAUAAUAAAUCAUGGCCAGCCUCUCUGAUUGGUAUGAGCCAUGUUAGAGGAGGUUACAAGAACGACAACAAGGAGAGGAGCAACACACAGCUAUGUUACUCCUUUUUGUCGGAUAGGCUGUCCCUUUAUUUUCAUUUUUGUGCAACGCAGGUUUAAGAAUGGCAAACCAACUUGCCCAGUCCUAAAACAUCACCAGACCACCCAGGUAGCACGCAAAGUCAACUCGCCGAUUGUCGUACGUGUUCACAAUCGACCCAUAAAAAGGUCAAGUUAUCGCUGAUAGCACGCCUUUACAAAGGAAUCAUUCAUUACACCUACACUGAUAGCCGCAAAAUGGAGCGCGUUGUUGACAUAGACUGAUUAGAUCGCACCAAGUGAGCGUUUAAUACCACAAGGUGGAAGCUACACAACUGGAGACAUAUUCGCUCCAGAGGAAAGGUUGGCACUUUCCACCGGUGUCUUCUCAGCCGCGCCACGUCACCAACGCUAUGCAAGCGACGCAGGAACACGAUGGAUUCAAAACAAGCACCAGAAAACAGCCUAACCUGAUGAUGGUCAGAGGUACUCCCUUUGCGGGGUAUUUCUAUCGCGAGUACAUCGAGUCUGCUAUGGAUUACGUUCACCGCAAGGACGACCUCUUCAUCGUCACCUACGUCAAAUGCGGCACUACAUGGAUGCAGCACAUCGUGUACCUCAUCCAGAACGAUGGAGUGCCUCCAGCUAACGCCGUAGAGUUCUACAAGGCUUCGCCGUUCAUCGAGAUCUGCGGUGCCGACUGCAUGCAGUGGGUCAAGAGACCCGGUGCCGUCAAGACCCAUCUACCGCUGCACCAGAUGCGCUGCUCCCCCGAGGCUAAGUACAUCGUCGUGAUAAGGAACCCAUUCGACGUCCUUGUAUCAAUGCACCACUUCUGGUUCAUGAUAUCCGCCUACGAGUACGAGGGCGACUUCAACGACUCGUUCGAGAAUUUUAUGAACAAUUACAUGGAGAGUGGAGAUUACUUCGCCUUUUACAGGGACUGGUACGAACGUAGUGCUGAUCCUAACGUGCUAUUCGUUGUCUACGAAGACAUGAAGAAAGACCCUGAGGCAGCCGUACUCAAGGUCGCAAGGUUCCUAGGGCCUGAGUAUGAGCAACGCCUGCUGGCUAAUGACGGAAAGAUUCUGAAGGACGUGAUCAAGUACAGCAGGGUCGAUGAGAUGAAGAAGUACACCAACGAUAUGAUACACGACUUCUAUGCGACUGAUUUCGCGUUUCAGGGAGAGCAGUACUCUGGCCUGCGUAAGUUUCACGAAGUCGUCCACAACGCGCGUAGUCGUGAAGACGGACCUGCUGCGUCCGCGGACAAGAUAUACUACGUCCGCAAAGGCGUGGUCGGAGACUGGAAGAACUAUUUUUCUCCGGAACAAGAGAAGAGGCUAAAAGAAAGGUUUCAAAAGGAAACGCGGGGAUCCGGAAUCGCUAACUUGUGGCCCGAUAUGGGAUUCCAUGGAAGAAAGGAGUGAAUCGACGGCAACAACCAAGAAUGUAGCCAAAGAAUUGUGCUAGUGUCGCUUCUGUAGAGCCGACACAGAGUGAACGUCACUUAUCGUAGGUUACAUAAAUGCAAUGUGUUUGGAUAUGUUUCCCAUUCUCGUGUGUGCAUUUUUCCCCUCAAUGUAACCAAGACUCAAGUGCCUAUGUCGUGCCCCGUCACUCCUUCUACAAUGCGGCUUAUUAAGCUGGACAUAUGUCCUAUAACACGUUCAUAGCAGCACACUAUUGGACCCUGCAUGAGCUUCGUCUUUGCAGUCGAUCAAUCAGCCAAUCAAUCAGUGAAAUUUUAUUCUCGUGAACAGAAAAUGCA